AUGUCCAAGAACGACUUAAUGGUGGAGGCACUACCACAACUUCACUUAUCAAAUCUGGACAUGAAAGCAAUUCUUAAAUUGUCGAUAAGUAUGCUCGAGAUUAAUCUCAAACAACGUAAGGAGCUCCGAUUGACAAAAGAUGGAUUUCCGGAUGCGCGGAUUUGGCGAGAAGUACAACGCAAGGAAGGAAUUCGAGUGUUUAAAGAAUUUCAAUCACCACGAUCAUUACCAAGUGGAAAUAGUGCAGCGUGUAUGCGAGCAGGGUUUGUCCAGCCAGAAAAAUUGGGUCCGUCCUCUUUGCUAAUGGUAGGAACAGUAGCUGGCAGUCUAAAUGACGUCAUGUACGAAUGCAUUGCCGUUAGUACCGAUUCCAUGCGAGCUCGGUCCAAAUUCUUGCAAGAUGGCGUCGAGAACUGCAAAGUGCUCACUUUUAUGGAGAGUCCGUCGUCGAAUGAUCCAUUUCAUACACUUAGCGUGACAUGGCGCCACUAUUCUUUGUCAGAGCCAAGAGACUACACUUGUAUUGAAGCUACAGGUUUAGUGCACAACGACAACGGUGAGCUUCUAGGAUUUCAUCUCAUUCAUUCGCUCGACUUUGCUCAAUUGCCAGUAUUUCGAAAUUUUGGCGUAAAACGAGCCAAUAUGUCUGUUUGUUCUUUCUUUCGUCAGAAAACCACGUCACUUGUCGAAUGCUACAGACGUGGCUACUUUGACUUUCACUCGACCAAUAACAUGUUAAACAACAUUUCAUUGCAUACAAUUUCGACGCAAUGGUUGUCUAUGACUCGGUGUGUCCAAUGCGCUCAGAUGAAAAAACUUACGUGGUGGAUGCGAAUGCGUACGGGCCGUGCAUCCUUUGCUAGUAGCAAUCCAAGUAUCAGUCCAACAUCUUCCAGUCAUGACAUGAUCCUACAGCGCACUCGUCCUCGUAUUACAUCAGGAACACGUUGUUCUGUUUGUCUCCGAACUUUUGGUGGCUUUUUACGAACAAUGCCGCGAAUUUGUGCUUGCUGUGCCGAUAGCGUUUGCAAGCGAUGCUGUGUCAAAAAGCAAUGUAUUGCUGAUGCAUCCAGGAGUGAUGCUGCGGUUGUUCUUCGCGAAGAAUUUCUGGAACUUCAAACAGUGACCGCCUCUGAUGAAGAUAAGAAUAGCGAAGAAUGA